AUGGAGACCUACCCUUCACCAGAUCCAUCAUCCGGCCCACAUAAAGUGCCCGGGAAUCAUCGACAGCCCGUUUCCCUGCGGUCUCGGCCCCUGAAGUUCCAGCACUUCCAAGUCACCUUCCCUCAAGAAAAAGUCGUGCAGGUCACGCUGAACAGGACGGACAAGCUAAACUGCGUCGACAAAGCCACCAGCCGCGAGAUAGCAGAGGUCUGGGAGGCGUUCGACCAGGAUGAGAGCCUGUUGGUGGGCCUGAUCACAGGCGUGGGGAGGGCGUUCUGCACAGGGGCCGAUUUACACGAAUGGAACGAGAUGAACAAAAGUGGCGUCGUCAACGACAUGGGUGCGCCCGGUCUGGCGGGUCUGCCCCGUCGGGGAGGGAAGAAGCCGAUCAUCGCAGCGGUGAACGGCAUCUGCAUGGGUGGGGGGUUCGAGAUGGUUGCGAAUUGCGAUCUCGUAAUAGCGGCAUCAUCAGCUGUCUUCGCCCUGUCCGAGGUCAAGCGUGGAAUCGUGCCUGUGGCCGGGAGUCUGCCGCGUCUAGCCUCCACCAUCGGCCUCCAGCGCACCAUGGAGUUGGCCCUGACGGGCAGGAAUGUGAGUGCCGCGACGCUCCAGGCAUGGGGCCUCGUCUCCCAGGUCGUGGACGAUGACGAAGUAGUCAGUGCGGCGCUCCAGCUGGCGGGGGAGAUAUGCAAGAAUAGCCCAGAUGCGGUUAUUGUUGGCCGGCUGGGCAUCCGCAUGGGCUGGGAAACAGGCAACGUCGAGGAGGCUGUGACCGCGCUGGCCGAGCAAUGGUAUCCUCGCCUGGUCAAAGGUGCCAACUUUGCCGAGGGUAUCCAGGCUUUCGCGGAAAAACGGCCACCAAAUUGGGUGGGUUCCAAGCUCUGA